AUGUUCCUUGCUUGGUUCCAAGCGAAUAAGUUGUACCCUGAAGCUAGAAAUUUGAGGUAUGGAGAGUUUCCACAGAAAUUUGUGUAUAAGGAAAAAACUCGCUGUUGGAUGCCGAGAAAGAUAGGAUUCUCGAUCGGAAGGGUUACCAAUGUACCGCCGGGCAGGGGUGAAGACUAUUACUUGAGACUGUUGUUGAACUUUCAAAGAGGUUGCACGUGUUACGAUGAUCUUAGGAAAGUCGAGGAUCACGUCUACCCAACUUUCAAAGAUGCGUGCUUUGCGCUUGGACUACUAAAUGACGACAAGGAGUACAUAGCUGGCAUAAAUGAGGCAAACGAGUGGGCCAGUGGUGACUAUGUGAGACGAUUAUUCGUCGUACUUUUGGUCGCAAAUAAUAUGAGCAGACCGGAACAUGUGUGGGAGUGUUGCUGGAAAGAAUUCGCCGAGGAUAUUGAGUACAGACUGCAACAACGUCGUAUCAAUUCAGGUCCACCUGUGUCAGACGAUACUCUGAGAAAUUACGCUUUGAUCGAAAUAGAAAAUAUAUUGCAAAGCAACAGCAAAAGCCUGAGUAACUUUCCCCCAAUGCCGAUUCCAAUUGGGUCGAUGACGGACGACACGGUAAAUAGAUUAGUUCUCGACGAGUUGGACUAUGACGUUGAUGCUAUGCGUGAAGAACUUAAGAAAUACCUUUCAUCCAUUACUGAUGAGCAGAAAAAAGUGUUCGAUGAUGUCAUGCAUGCUGUUACAAAUGACAGAGGUGGACUGUUCUUUCUUUAUGGGCAUGGAGGAACGGGAAAGACUUUCAUAUGGAAAACUCUAUCGGCUGCUAUCCGUUCAAAAGGAGAAAUAGUUAUAAAUGUUGCUUCCAGUGGUAUUGCUUCGCUUCUACUUCUAGGUGGCAGAACUGCUCAUUCUAGAUUUGGACUGCCAAUAAUUGUACAUGAGAGCUCCACAUGCAGCAUCAAACAACAGAGCCCACAUGCAGAAUUGUUGUCUAGAGCAAAGCUAAUCAUAUGGGACGAGGCACCGAUGAUGCACAUGUACUGUUUCGAAGCACUCGACAAAACAAUGAAAUCUAUAUUUGAUUCAGAUAUGCCAUUCGGAGGCAAGGUUGUAGUGCUUGGAGGGGACUUUCGGCAAAUUCUGCCAGUUGUGUUGAAAGCGUCGAGACAAGACAUUGUGCAUGCUACAAUCAAUUCAUCACCGUUGUGGAGGCAAUGCAAGGUUAUGAAGUUAAACAAGAACAUGAGACUUGAGUCGUCCUCCUCUUCCGCCAAUGCAGAUAAAAUAAGAGAAUUUGCGGACUGGAUAUUGAGAAUCGGCAAUGGCUAUGCUGGCGAGAUAAAUGACGGUGAUGCCACAAUUGAAAUUCCCGAUGACAUGCUGAUUCGGAAUUCUGCAGAUCCCUUUUUGGAUCUUAUAGAGUUUGUCUAUCCCGAUCUGGUGACCAACCUUUUCACUCCCAAGUAUUUCGAAGGCAGAGCAAUCCUUGCACCCACUAAUGAAAGUGUCGGUUUUGUGAACGAUCAUUUUUUGUCGAUCAUAGCUGGAGAGGAGAAGCAUAAGUUGACAUUGAAAAGAGGUGUUCCCGUUAUGCUCAUCAGAAAUAUCGAUCAGGCCAGAGGAUUGUGCAAUGGAACAAGGCUUCAGAUUAUUAAUAUGGGAAAACACGUUCUCAACUGCAGGAUCCUGUCCUGUAAACAUGUUGGUGAUAUGGUGUUCAUUCCUAGAAUGACUUUGGUACCGUCCAACUCUGCAUUGCCUAUUAAAUUCCAGCGACGUCAGUUUCCGCUGAUGGUAUCAUUCGCAAUGACAAUCAAUAAAAGUCAAGGACAAACUCUUUCUCACGUGGGCAUGUACUUGCCGAGACCUGUUUUCAGUCACGGACAGCUCUAUGUCGCACUCUCGAGGGUUAAGAGUCGAAGUGGCAUAAAGAUUUUGAUUAACUCGGAAUCUGGUGAUACGACCAAUGUUACAAAUAAUGUUGUAUACAAGGAAGUUUUUCAGCGUAUAUGA